AUGGAGAGCUUAUACACUGUAUAUAUGUGUGUGAUUAAGUGUAAGAUGCAUUCAUACAUCACUAGCUAACUUGUAUGCAAAAAAUAGAGUGAUUUAAAAAAAAAUGGCAGAAAAGAAACUGUACGAUGCUGCAAGAAUUGGAGAUGUAGCAACACUCCAACAACUCCUCCAAACAAAUCAACAUCUUCUUGAUGUAGUCUCAUUCCCAUGUCUCAAAAACGUGUUGCACAUUGCAAUAAAUCAGGGACAAGAAGGCAUCGUGGAAGAGGUGCUGAAGAUCAACCCGGAGCUUGCUCUCGAGCUCGACUCCAAGAACGCGUCGUCUCUCCACCUCGCAGCUGCAAGAGGGAACGUGGGGAUCGCGAAGAGACUGCUAGCGAUAGCCCCGGAGAUGUGCUGGUGGCAAGACGGACAUGAUAUGAACCCGCUUCAUGUUGCGGCCAUGAAGGGGAAUGAGGCGGUGCUGGAGGAGAUGCUUCAGCUGGACAUUCUUCCGGCCACGGUGAGGCUGCAUCGCGGACAGAUUGUGUUGCACUUGUGCGUGAAACAUCGUCAGCUUCGGACGUUGAUGGUUUUGGUGGCUAAGUUGGACAACUUAGUGAAUGCAAAGGACGAUGAUGGGGAGACAUUAUUGCAUUUUGCUGUUAUGGUUAAUCAACUUGAGAUUGUAGAAUACUUGAAGGAAAAUACCAAACUAGAGAAGCUGACAAAGAAUUCUACUGGCAAAACAGCAUUGGAUAUCUUGAACGAAAGCUUUCGAUACACAAGUACAUACACAAAAAUGAAAAAAAUCCUCAAAAAAUAUUCUUAUCAGUCCAUAUUCCAACACUUGCCUCGGUACACUGAGAUGACGAUGGUCGCGGCCGUCCUGAUAGCGACCAUGGCGUUCCAGGCGGCCGUGAGCCCCCCAGGCGGCGUAUGGCAAGACGACACGAAAGACGAAACAACCGGCCUCAUAACACGCCAUGCUGGCUUUGCGGUCAUGGCUACUAAACAUCCCAAAACAUACAAAAACUUCAUUGCUGCUAACGUUUUGUCGUUCAUUUCGUCUACCAUCGCAAUCUUGUUGCUCUCCACAGCCGGCUCGUCGGACCGGUGGCUUUUCGUGUCAGUCUCGACGUGUUUUGUGUGGGUUUCGAUGGCCGCUAUCGGAGCUACUUAUGGAGCUUCCUUGGUCAUGACCAAUCCUAAUAUGGUAGAAUUUGCAUUUCGCAACGUUGUUUUUAUAGUACUCUCUAUAUUCGUUCCAGUCAUAUAUUAUCUAUUCAUCUCUAAGGUAAUGGGGAAAAGGGUUGACAAGAUCAAGCCCAACUGUGUCAAUGUGAGGGUUGAUCAGUAAUUAUGUUACUACUCCCAUAAUGUUGGAUAUAUUGAUGAGCAGUUGGGUUUUCUUUUCGGUUCUUUCCCAUAAUGCUUUUGUUGAACCGAUGUGUUUGUGGUAUUUCUCAUGUUUAAUAAAGUAGAUUUUGACUUAUUUUUUAA